ACCCCGGAAGUUUCCUCGCUCGCGUACCGGGGCUCCGGUCGGUAGGAGGUGGCAUGUCGUAUCAACAAUUCCUUUUCCAAUAUUCUGGAAACACUUCCGGAAAUGAAGAAAACCGCUGCCCGCCGUUGGCUGUAGACAACCGGAAGUGCAGAGUCUGCGAUUGUGCAAUGCGACCAGAGGCGACGUCAUCGAGUCAUGCAUGCACACCGACGCCUAAGAAUUGUCCAAGCAAGUGGUGGAUGAACGAAAGUGCCGACACGCAUGAGACCAACAAAGGGAAUGGUGCACUUCCGAUCAGCGGCGACACGUACCGAAAGUGCAAAGACAUAUGCAUGUAGUCGUGCCACGAUGGCUACACGCUAAGCACCACAACAGAUGAGACUGGCUGUCAGACGUGCGCAUGCGUGGAUUCAGAGCCGUGUAGAAGUAUCACUUGAUCUGUGGUAGUGUUGGUGAUGAUGAUGGUGGGGGUGAUGUUUUUUUGAGCGGGUUUGUGGAAGUGAUGAUGCUGAUGAUGCUGACGAAGAAUAGCAGAAGGAUGAGCAUAGAAAUGAUUUGUAUGAUGGUGCCGAUUGAUUAUGAUGUAGGUGGUGGUGCUACUGCUUCUGAGGCUGCUUCUUAUGAUGAUGAUAAGGUUGAUUAUAACCGUGUUGCUCAUGAUGUUGAUGAUGAUUAUGAUGAUAUCCAUGAUGAUGUGUCGGUUGAUGAUGGUAGCGACGGGGAUGCUAUUGUAAUUGAUGAUUAUGAUCAUGAUGUCGGUUCUGAUAAUGAUGAUGAUGAUGAUUAUUAUUAUGAUGAUGAUGAUAAUGAUGAUAAUGAUGAUGAUGAUGAUGAUGAUGAUGAUGAUGAUGAUGAUGAUGAUGAUGAUGAUGAUGAUGAUGAUAAUGAUGAUGAUAAUGAUGAUGAUGAUAAUGAUGAUGAUGAUGAUGAUGAUGAUGAUGAUGAUGAUGAUGAUGAUGAUGAUGAUGAUGAUUAUGAUGAUGAUGAUGAUGAUGAUGAUGAUGAUGAUGAUGAUGAUGAUGAUGAUGAUGAUGAUGAUGAUGAUGAUGAUGAUGAUGAUGAUGAUGAUGAUGAUGAUGAUCAUGAUCAUGAUGAUGAUCAUGAUGAUGAUCAUGAUGAUGAUCAUGAUGAUGAUGAGAUUGAUGAUAUUGAUGAUGAUGCAUUACAUGUUUAAGCAUUUUCACUUUAGAGAAAAAGUAUGGACUCUCCACGAAUACCAUUCUAGGAUCUUCGCAACAUUCCGCGUCACAGCAAAAUUUGGAACAAACCACAAAAGAACCAACCACUUCAGCAUCCGGUAUGAGCUCUUCAAGCGGCAACGGGCUCUCAUCAUCCGGGAGCGGUCAUGGCGCAAGUGCUGGAAGAGACUCUUGGGGAUCUGGUUCAGGAACCGGAAGCAGUGGCGGGGGUGGUGAUCCCUGAAAUGCAGCGUCGGUUGGAGACAGUGACGGGAGCGCUUCAGUUGGCGGGAUGGACGCAUGAGGAGCUAUUAACGUCUUCUAGUUGUUUCGGGCCGAUGUGUCCGGGAAGCGGAGGCGGCAUCAACCCGAUGUUUCCGGUAGUCAGUGGAAGCGGUAAUGGCGGCUGCACGGGCCCGUUCUGUAUGGGCGCCGGAAAUGGCGGCAGUGGAGGAGCCAGAAGUGGCGGUGGGAUGAUGGGCGGAUCCAGGGGAGUGAGCGGUAAAUAUUGGCGCUGUUCCUGUUGUUAUUGCUGGCCGGACACGAAAUUCGCAAUAGGUUGUCAAACUGUGACGUCAUCGAGCCACGCAUUGCAGCUGGGAGAGGCAUCACCGGGGAACUAAUAUACACAUGUCCGGUUUGCUCUUCGGAUGGAGGGAUGUCCUCUGUUUUUUCCGGAUCUCCGCCCAACAGCAUACCAAAAUUACAUAUACAGUGACAAUAACUUAAUUGCUGUAAAUUGCUGCUUUAAUUCAGUAUUCGACCAAACGUCCUUGUUUGUAGAAAGUAAAUGCAGUCACGGACGCGUA